CUUGUUAGUUGUCACGAUGUCCAUAGAAAACAAACGACUAAACGAGAAUAAUAAACCAGCAGACGAACGUGAGUGAGUGUUCUGUUUGUGUUUUGAGAGACCGAGAUACGCUUGAGAUGAAAAUCAGUGUAAGCUACUUCAAUUUCCACCCCAAAACUGUCCCUCAAUACUCCAACAAACCUCAAAUCUCCCUUUUCUUGUCGCCAUUACUAUCGACAUUGUCUUUCAAUUCUCCACCCACUAAGAAUCCCUCUUCUCCCUUUGAUCUCAGUUUUUUCAAGCCCAAAUCACCUUUUCCCAAUUAUGCAGUAAAGGCGGAGCUCGAAAUUAGGGUUUGCACGAAUAGGACUUGCCGUCGACAGGGAUCGCUGCGAACCUUAGAAAUUCUGUCCGGUCUCGCUCCUCCUGAUAUCUCAAUCAACUCCUGUGGCUGCUUGGGCCGGUGCGGCUCUGGACCCAACCUCGUCUUCCUGCCUGAUGCAAUUUUUGUCGGUCAUUGCGGAACCGCCUUUCGUGCCGCCGAAGUACUUCUAAAUUUCUGCGGCAAGGACUUGUCCGAAGCUUCCAAGAAUCUCGAGGCACUUGCGCUAAGAAAGAGAGGUGAGGAGGAGCUGGAGAAGAGUAACUUAUCUGAGGCUGAGGCUUUACUCUCUGAGGCUAUUGAUCUUAAACCUCUUGGAGGCUUGCAUAUUAUUUAUAAAAGCAGGUCUGCUGCAAGAUUAGCAAUGGGUAACUAUUCUGGGGCUCUUGAAGAUGCCAAAGAAGCUUUUACCAUAGCUCCUCAAUACCCUCAGGCUUAUCUCUCUCAAGGUGAUGCAUUUUUGGCUAUUGAAGAUUUUGAUGCAGCUGAGAAAUCAUAUCUAACUGCUUUACAAAUUGAUCCCUCGAUUCGCCGUUCAAAAUCUUUCAAGGAACGGGUUGCAAGGCUUCAAGGGAAACUCGUUACUACAAAUAUGCCUUCGUAGUUCUAAUUUGACCAAAGUUACAUUCAUACUCAAGUGUAUAGACAAUCUAAUAUGUAAAUAGUAAUGUUCAGGCUGGUUUCAGGUUAAGUUGUAUUUGCCAUUCUUUUGCCAUAAAAUUAAUUUUUUUGGUAGUAAUUUUGCCAUUAAAUUAAUUAAACUAUUGAUUUUUGAGCUUA